GUGCUUUGCUGCCAUGACGACCAUGGCCCCUCCCCUCACUUUACUACUCCUGCUCCUGCAAUUGGCUGAGGGUUCUUUCCCAGAGGAACCCAGUCCCCUCAGCUACGCUCCCUUAGAGGUGGUGCGGAGGUAUCCAGUGUUUUUGGGUCGAGCUCACCGUUCGGCCCAGAGACAGGAGCUUCACAUCCAGACCAUCCUCCAGAUCAACCGCACGCUCUACAUCGGAGCUAGGGAUGACCUAUACAGGGUAGAACUGGAUAAUAACAUGUCUGGUGAGGAGAUGUUCUAUAGCAAGAAGCGGACGUGGGAAUCCAAUAAGAACGAUAUCCGAGUCUGCAGGAUGAAGGGCAAACAUGAGGGGGAGUGUCGUAAUUUCAUCAAGGUCCUAUUGAGCCAGUAUGGUGGACUGUUUGUGUGUGGAACAAAUGCCUUCAACCCCUUAUGUGCCAACUACACCAGAGACACUCUGGAGAUGGUGGGAGAGACAGUCAGCGGCAUGGCUCGAUGCCCCUAUGACCCACGCCAUGCCAAUGUGGCGCUGUUUGCAGAGGGUAAUCUCUUCACUGGAACCGUCACUGACUUCCUUGCGAUCGACGCAGUGAUCUACCGCAGCCUUGGAGACAGCCUCGCCCUCCGCACUGUCAAGCACGACUCCAAAUGGUUCAGAGAGCCGUACUUUGUGAAUGCAGUCGAGUGGGGGCCUCAUAUCUACUUCUUCUUCAGAGAAAUGGCCAUGGAGUUUCACCACCUAGAGAAGGUGAUGGUGUCCCGGGUGGCUCGUGUGUGUAAGGGGGAUCUCGGGGGCUCCCAGCGUGUGUUGGAGAAGCAGUGGACUUCGUUCCUGAAGGCCCGGCUGAACUGCUCCAUCCCUGGAGACUCUCACUUCUACUUCAACCUGCUCCACGCCACCAGCAACAUCAUACGCAUGCAGGGCCGGGACGUCAUCCUGGGACUGUUUUCCACGCCGCCUAACAGCAUCCCUGGCUCUGCAGUGUGUGUGUUUGACAUGCAGCAGCUGGCGAGGGUUUUCGAGGGACGCUUUAAGGAGCAAAAAUCCCCUGAAUCCAUCUGGACACCAGUACCUGAUGAGCUGGUUCCCAAACCCAGGCCAGGGGGCUGCGCGGUGCAGGGGUCUCGCUUCAGCACGUCCAGCACCUACCCUGAUGAGGUGUUGAACUUCGUUAAGACUCAUCCUCUGAUGGAUGAGACUGUUCCUCUGCUGGGACACAGGCCCUGGGUGGUUAAGACCAUGGGCAGGUACCAGUUGACAUCCAUGGUGGUGGACAUGGAGGCUGGUCCUCACAAGAACCGGACUGUGCUGUUCCUGGGCUCCACCCGAGGGACCAUCCUCAAAUUCCUCAUGGUGCCCAACGAGGAGAGCUCCCCCUCACACAGCAGCGUGUUCCUGGAGGAGGUGGAGGGAUUCAACCCAGAGAAAUGUGGGGAGGAUUCGGUGGCGGCGCGCCAGCUCCUGUCCCUGUCUCUGGAUCGCACCAGUCACACUCUGCUGCUGGCCUUCCCCUCCUGCCUGGUCCGAGUCCCCACGGCACGCUGCCAUCUGCACUCUCGCUGUAUGAAGAGCUGCCUGGCCUCCAGAGACCCCUACUGUGGCUGGACCAGAGGCAGCACCUGCUCCUUCCUCAGGCCAGGGACGCGGCUGCCUUUUCAGCAAGACGUGGAGUAUGGCAACAGCUCCUCCCACCUAGGAGAUUGUGACGGUCUCCUCCAGCAGAGCCUGCUGAUUGAGCCCGAGAGCCUGGUGUCCCUCAACCUCCUGGUGGCAUCUGCGGUGUCCGCCUUCACCAUCGGGGCGGCCCUCUCCGGCCUCGCCGUCUGCUGGAUCAUGGCCCACAAGCCCGCUGGCCGUCGCCAGGGCGCCAACACCCCCCAGUCCUCCAUCCAGCGGCGCGACAGGGGCAUGCUGGGCACUGGUGGAGGGGGCAUGGGCGGCUCAGUCCUGAGCGUGACGCGCCAGGGAGGAGGGGACAGGCCCUGCUCCCAGGUCGGGGAGACGCUGUUCGUCAUGCCCAACGGCUGGGUGAAGUCUGGGGACCUGGACCCCGGCUUCCUGCCCACUCCGGAGCACACGCCCCAGCAGAAGCGCCGCGGUCUGCGCCUCUCCGACUCCAACUCCGGGGGUUGGGACACCAGCCAGACCUACCUGGGAGGGGGUUCGGUGGGGCUGGGCUCCCCCUGCCCCCUGCCGCCCUCCCACCACCCCUCCACGGCCGUCUACCUGACCACCAGACUCUUCCAGCAAGGGGGAGGAGGAGUGGGGAGGCACGGGGGGGAUGGGCGAGGAGGCAGCGAGACCCCGCGCCAGCACUACGUCUGUCUCAGCAAGCCCCGGGGGGCGGGGGAGAAAGGGGGCAGGGGGACACCAAAUGCCCCCCUCAGGAAGUCGGCUGGAGAGUAUGUGUACCCCAUGACCCCCCAGGACUCGCCAGAGCGUCGGAGGGUGGUGUCGGCCCCCAGCGCCCCAAUGGAGUUCGGUGAGCCCCUGCCUUUGCGCUGGCCUGCCCCGGAGGGCUACCUCCUCAGCAGCCAUGGCAUGGUGCCCAUGCCCCUGCCUCCGGCUUCCAUGGUGGCCCCCAGCGGCCAGCCCUACGUGGCCCAGCAGCAUACCCCCGGGCUGGGCAGGGCUCUGCUAAGGGGGGCCUUGGGGAGAGGCGAGCUGGGGGAGCUGGUGGAUCUCAGCCAGUUGAUGAGUAAGAAGGGCUGCAAUGAGAGGACUCAAGCUGGCCAGUGAGACUUUCCACCUGAUAUCUCCCUCUCACUCAUUCUUUAUUCUUCACUUUCUCUCUCAUUGUCAUUUAACUCUCCCGAUCUACUUUGCUGAUCUUUACCAGACCCCAUCUUCCUUCCCCCAUGGCUCUACUUUCUCUGUAACUGGCUGUUUCUACUGCCACUCACAUCCUGCCUCACGCUGAUUGGCCAAGUUGUUGCUGUGUCUGCAUUGCAGAGUUGCCUCACCCUCCUGCUGGAGAG